CCGGCAGCGAGUCGCGCAAGAUCACUACCGUUUUUCGACGUUUCGAAGUCUUCCUCAAUGAUAACAAACUUACCGCCGGAGCAGAAGAUUAGUCUGCCAAAUAUGAAGAACAAUACAGUAUGAAUAUACCCAGAAAACAUUUCUCAGGAAUGCCUUAGGUUCGGGUCAACGCCUCCUGUCAAGAAUCCGAAAACAUCCCUACUUUGACCCUCAGGACUUCGAGCACGCCGGGUCUGCGGCCUUGGGCACAAUGUCAACCUUACAUAGUACGCCCAGCCCGUUGGGCAGCGGAAUUUUUGCCAUUACAAGGACAAGAAUACUGCUAGUCGCAUCUCUUCUAGUAACAUGGACAAUCGCAUACCUCCUCCCUUCAUACAAACAAUCCAUCCGAGAGGUUGCGAAAGAUACAUAUAACGAUGCCAUCCAGCAUUUGCCAGCCGUCAAAGUCGACUGGCACCCCAAAUACGACCCCAAGGCUCAAUUCAAUGCCACGAAGGUCGCUCUCCUGAUCGAGGCCCGCCCGAUUCCCCAUCUCGUCCCACAACUCCUACAUAUGAUAUCGGUGGUGCCACACGACUGGAGAUUCGUUUUCAUAGGUUCGAAUAAGAGUGUGAUCAGCGUCUCUCGAAGUUUUGCGACGCAAUUUCAGGAGGCGAACGGGAAGCUGGAUUUAGUGGUACUUCCCAAACCAUGGUCGAUCGAGAGCAAAGAACUUGUUUACAGGUUACUCACCGACGUUCGCUUUUACGAUGAGUUCUUGCCAAAUGUGGAGUGGCUCUUGAAGUUUGAGGCUGAUGCCAUUCUGUGUGCUCGAUCCGAUGACAGUCUCAACGACUGGUUGGACUAUGACUGGGCUGGAGCUCCAAGGACUGCUGACGAUAGAUUUGCUGGCAAUGGAGGCCUUUCACUUCGAAGAGUGUCUGCGGUAAAGAAAAUCUUGAAUUUCCAAUCCAGAUACAACGACACAGAACCGGAAGACGAGUGGUUCGGCAAGAGGAUCACUCUCCUUCCCGGUGCCAAGGUUGCCAGUGGAGUCCAAGAGGAUCAUUUCGCUGUCGAAGACAUAUGGCAUGCGAAGCCUAUGGGAUACCACGUCCGAGCAGAUAACCUCGCGGAUGAUGUUUGGAGGGACCCAGUUCGGAGGAAGAGCAACUUCGACUACUGCCCUGAGCUUUCAAUGGUUAUGGACAUGAAACUUGAGCAAGAGCGUUGCGAAGGUGAUAAUAAAAUGGGCGAGAUUCUGGACGAGGCUGCCCAGCGGCUGGCAGCCAAAGACAAAGCUGCCACUGCCGCGAGGCAAGCAUCUAGAUGAUAUUUGCAAUAGUUUGCGAGUUUUAAGCGACCUUUAGAUUUGUAUGAAUGAAGAUGAGAUGGGAAACAUGACACCCCAUAGCUGGCGUUUUGGGGAACUGGGGAUUGUGCCUCUUUUGGAACUUAAGGAAAACAAACAGGAAGAAGCAGAGACAACUAAGGAAUCAAAGAGAUAUCAAAACAAACACAAGAAAAGCUGAC